UCAGUCCAGAGCUCAUCCACUCCCCAGAAACCACAUUCUGUUCCCCCCUCAUCAUCCAAGAGGUCGAGCUCCACCCAGGUACCGCGUCUUGGUGACCCCUCAUCAGCCAGAUGUAUGACCUCCAACCAGCUACUGUGUCCUGGUCCCCCCUCAUCAACUGGGAGCACGAACUUAAUCCAGCUACCACAUCCUGGUACCCCUUCAUCAGUCGGGAGCACGACCUCGGCCAAAGUACCAUGUCCAGGUCCCCCCUCAUCAGCUGGGAGUACCAUCCUUAUCCCACUACCAAAUCCUGGUCCCCUCUCAUCAACUGGGAGCACGAUCUUUAUCCCACUACCAAAUCCUAGUCCCCCCUCAUCAGCUGGGAGCACAAUCUUUAUCCCACUACCAAAUCCUGGUCCCCCCUCAUCAACUGGGAGCACAAACUUAAUCCAGCUACCACAUCCUGGUACUCCUUCAUCAGUCGGGAGCACGACCUCGGCCAAAGUACCACGUCCAGGUCCCCCAUCAUCAGCCGGAAGUGCAACUUCGGCCCAGGUACCAUGUCCUGGUCCCACCUUGACAACCAUAAACACGACCUUGGCCCAGUUACUGCGUCCGGGGUCCCCAUCAUCAGCCAGGAGAAUGACCUCUGCCCAAGUACCAUGUCCUGGUCCCGCCUCAUCAGCCAGAAGCAAGACCUCGGCUCAGGUACCAGGUCCUGGUCUCCCCUCAUCAGCCAGGAGCAAGACCUCGGCCAAAAUACUAUAUCCCGGCCCCCUCUCAUCAGCCGGGAGCAUGACCUCUUCCCAGGUACCACGUCCUGGUCCCUCCUCAUCCACCGGAAGCACGACCUCUGCCCAGGUACCACGUCCUGGUUCAUUCUCGUCAACUGGGAUAUUGACCUCUGCCCAGGUACCAUGUCCUGGUCCCACCUUGACAGCCAUAAGCAUGACUCCAGCCCAGGUACUGCAUCCGGGUCCCCCAUCAUCACCCAGAAAAAUGACCGCUGCCCAAGUACCAUGUCCUGGUCCCACCUCAUCAGCCGGAAGCAAGACCUCGGCUCAGGUACCAGGUCCUGGUCUCCCCUCAACAGCCAUGAGCAAGACCUCAGCCAAAAUACUAUAUCCUGGCCCCCUCUCAUCAGCCGGGAGCACGACCUCUUCCCAGGUACCACGUCCUGGUCCGUCCUCGUCAACUGGGAGAUCGACCUCUGCCCAGUCUGCAUCCAGGUUGGUGGGCACUUUCCAAGAGGAGGGCCAACAGGAUCAGCGCAAGGAGAUGCAGGUGCUGGACGUGACCGAGCCCUUCAGGUACCACGAGGACCGCACUAUGUUCCAUGCCAUCGUAGCCAUAAAGAACCAGACACAGAAUCAGAUCGUCCGUGUGAAGGUCUUCCAUGAGAGCUUCAAGACAAACUUUCUCCCCUUGAACAUUCUGGUCCUCUCAAACUACAUCGGCCACGGGGGUUUUGUGGAAGUGUACAAAUGCACCUCGGUGGAGAAAGUGGGGUACGAAGAUGUCCCUGUGUGGCUGAUCAACAUGGUCACAGAGAAUCCAAAAAUCAGUCACCUGCGCCAGGAAGCCCCAAACACCAUUGUGAACGGGGUGUUCCUGGUGUCAAAGAAAGUUGUGCGGCACCCAUGUGUCUAUUACGAGGUCCAGGAUGAGACAGGCACCAUGCAGGUGGUGGUGUACGGACAUCUGACCGGCAUCCCCUGUGAGAGAGGCAACAGAAUCCAACUCAUCUGCUUUGAGCGAGGAGAAGAGCAGCACCAGUUAAGAUCUUCGAUCCACAGCUUUCUCAAGGUGAUCUAGGACAGGAGCAGCACAGACAUGGCGAGCCCACGUACUCUGCUGACCGCGAUGCUGACCACCACGUGGACACUGACCACAGCAGCCCCUCAUGCUGAACACAACGCUGACAUGACGCUGACCAUGGUCUUGACCUUGAUGCUGACAGUAACACCGGCCUCGGCACUGACCGAGUUGCUGACAGUGACACUGGCCGCGACGCCCGGGCAGAGGGACCACAGCACAGAGUCGACCAUAAGCUUGGAGCUCAGCACCCCUCAGUCUAGUACUGAAUGCCAUUGUUUUUUUACAAAUGAAAGCCUUUUCCCUUUGUGCCUGUAUUUUUCUCUCCAUCCUGCGUUUGCUUCCAUCAAGCUCAGGAAGUGAGUUGAAUUUGGGGGCGAUGCUCAGGUCUCCGACUCUGUGUGAUGAAUCACUUCUGGCUCAGCUUGGGAGACUAUUAGGGGAGCCGGGGAUUGAACUUGGGUCAUCUGUCCGCAAGGGAAGGGCCUUGCCUGCUACCUGCCUGCUCGCGCUCCUGCCUCAGGAAGUAACUUGGACUGAAAUUCCUGUGCUAAAGGCGAGUAUUUUGGGCUGGAGCAAUAGCAUAGCGGGAACGACCUUUGCCCUGCACGCAGCAGACCCGGGUUUGAUUUCAAGAAUUACAUAGGGUCCCUUGAGCACUGCCAGGAGUAAUUCCUGCGUGCAUGAGCCUGGAAGAACCCCUGAUCAUCACCAGGUGUG